AUGAGUAAUUAUGCUCAAUACGAGUAUCUGGACGUGACGGUGACAGACCCUCAAACACGUAGGGAUGACAAAGGGGAAUACACCGUCUAUAAAGUUCACUUCGAUACAACGUUUGAAGAAUAUAGACUGAAAAACAAAGACGUGUAUAGAAGGUAUUCUCAAUUUGUUGAGUUGAAGAGACAACUCGAUAUCAGAUUUGAAGAGAGAAAAGACAAAAUGCAGAAAUUUGGGACGAUCCCGUCACUCCCGGGCGACACGUUUCUUUCUUUGUUUGGAAGAGGUCGCUUUGACCCUUCCUUUGUUGCAGAAAGAUGCCAAAAACUCGACGCGUGGAUAAAAGCCGUUUGUGCGCAUAACAUGCUUCGCUUUGAAAAAAUCCUCAUAUCGUUUUUAGAGGAAGACGAGUGGCAGAUCACUCCUUAA